UUGAAGGAGAUGUAAAUAGGAGGCUGAUUUGGAAGCGAUAAGCAGUUCCUUUUUCUUGUGGACACGCGUGGCGCUCAGCGGACGUCCCUGUUUCGCCGGAAAGUUCUCCCACCUGACCUGAGGGUUGAAUCAGAUAUGGUGACUUUGCUUACAUCAGCGUCUAUUCACCACAAAUGUCUGCUAAAUGCAUCACUACAGUUAGGUCCAUAUAGUCAUGGUCAAUUGCGAAGAAGUAUAUCCUUUGUUGUGAAAUCUGAGCAUGAGCCUUCAACUUCGACAUCAACUUCCCCUUGCAGAGAUAGACCGGGAAGACGUGAACUCCUUUCUAUGGGGGCAACGACUGCCCCUUGGUUAUUCCUUUCUCGGCCGGCUAUAACAGCAUUAGCUGCAGAAACAAAGAAGGGAUUUCUUCUGGUCACAGAUAAGAAAGAUGGCUACACUUUUCUGUAUCCUUUCGGUUGGCAGGAGGUAGUUGUGGAAGGACAAGACAAGGUCUUCAAAGAUGUGAUCGAACCUCUGGAAAGCGUCAGCGUAAAUUUGAUCCCUACAAGCAAACAAGACAUCCGCGAUUUCGGGCCACCACAAGAGGUUGGCGAAACCUUAAUCAAUAAGGUAUUGGCUUCUCCCACUCAAAAGACAAAGCUAAUCGAGGCCACAGAGCACGAUGUCGAUGGUAAAGCUUAUUACACAUUCGAAUUCAUCGCAAAAGCGCCAAACUACACCCGUCAUGCUCUCAGCACCGUCUGCAUUGGCAACGGAAAGUUCUAUACAUUAACAACGGGCGCGAAUGAGCGAAGGUGGGAGAAGAUGAAAGAUCGACUGAAGACAGUGGUCGAAUCCUUCCAAGUUAAUGUCUGAUUACGAGUUGGUCGAUUAUCCGGGUUCUUUUUCUUCCUCUUCUUCUCCACGCUUGCAUAUGUCCAUGAUGAUUGAUCUGACUUUGGAGCAUUUCUCUCAUGAAUAAUCUGUGGUGUUGUAUGCGAAUGUUUUACUCCUUGGAAAUUUAUAAUUGUAAUUUUUUGUGGUGCUCAGAGUAUUACACUUUUGUGAUAGUUACAGUUUUGGUAUAUAAUAGUUUUAUUAUGUAAUAA